UUCCGUACGACUUUCGUGGCUGCUCUACUCCCAUGGACGUUUUGUACCGCUCGAGCUUCAUCCAAUGUAUUCUUCCAAGAUUAAUUCUGCACGUAGUAAAGUCGCGACAAAAUGAGUCCAACGUCGUUUUAACGUACUACAAAGUCAUUACUUAUGGCUUCGUAUCCGGAUACACUCGUCUCGUUGCACGUUGAAGGUUCUCGGGCUAUUUUGCUACGCUGAGCUUGCUAGCUGCUAACAAAGAAACAUGUUUGUUUUCAAUACAUCGCUCAGCAGAGAUCAGGGACAUGAGUGAAGACUAUCUUGGUCCUGAGCAGCGGGAACCACGGCCGUCCCGCAUUAAGGAGGAAGAGCAGGAGGCCGAUGUUGCCAAGUUUCCAUUGACUUUGGCCAGGGUGAAGGGUGAGGAAUGUGACGGAAACCACCGCGGGGUUUCAAAAGAAGACGGCGCCGUAGCUCUCCUCACAGGGACUGACGACAGGUCACAGCCUGGCACCGAUGACGACGAUGAGCGCUCAAAAGGCGAAAAGACAUGCCACGCUAGUGACAAACGCUGGCAGUGUUCUCAGUGCGGGAAAACUUUUAGCUCCAAGUGGAAUUUGAAAGUUCACGUGAGAAGUCACGAAGGGGAAAAACCUUUCAGUUGUUCAGAUUGCGGGAAAAGAUUUGCGGAGAAGGGACAUUUGAACAGACACGGGAGAACACACACUGGGGAAAAACCUUUUUCUUGCAUGGUGUGUGGUAUUAGAUUAGCUCAAAAGAUUAAUUUAACAACUCACAUGAGAACGCACACAGGUGAGAAACCUUUUGCCUGCCCAUUUUGCGGUAAAAGAUUCUCUAUCAAGGGACAAUUAAAAACACACACAAGGAUACACACUGGCGAGAAACCUUUUUCCUGCUCCGUCUGCACUUUCAGUUUCAGUGAACGUUCGAAAUUGGUGAAACACAUGAGAACGCACACUGGGGAGAAACGGUUUACCUGCUCAAUUUGCCAGAAAAAAUUUGCUCAAAGGUGCACUUUGAAAACACAUACAAGAAUUCACACCGGCGAGAAGCCGUUCAAUUGCAACGCUUGUGAGAAAAGAUUCUCUCGGAAGGAUCAAAUCAAGAGACACAAGUGUCCUGGUAAAAAGAGCAGCAAGUAAUGAAGCUUUAAAUAAACUGUGACAGGAAAAAAAAAACAAGCUCUAAAAGUGUAUCCGGAAUAUAAGGCCGAAUCAAAUACAAAUGUUGAAACCGGGAAAAUGUCCAAUUUUGAUCGAGGCUCAAUGCAACUAAGCUGAAUUGUACUUGUUCUCUUUGAUUCAGCCAUUUGGGCUUUGCGUUGAUGCUUGUUUUCAUGCAUUCAUGACAUGAAUCAACAUCAUAGCGCCAAAUCUUGAUCUGUACUUGGUUCUGUCAAGAAAACAUAUUCAUGACCCCUUCGAUCAAUGAGAAGAUGUUUAUGAAUGCGCUGGGUUACAAAGUGGCCUGAUAUGUUUUGUUUACCUGUUUUAUUGUAUACAAAACAUGCAACGUUGCCUAGAAAUGUAUAUUAAAUAAAUUGCAAUCAUGUACCGGUAAUUAUAGUGUAUGUUUCCAAGUUGGUCAAUUUCCAAAUAAUUUUUUUUUUUCAUAGUCUAAAACUGAUGACACACAUCCGUCCGUCCGUUCACGUUACGAUUAUCCUCAAUGGGGUCAAAGGUGAGCUGCAGCCUAUCCCGUUUUUCUUUGCGUAAGAGGUGGCCUGUAUCGAUUGGUCAGGUCCCAGAAACUCGUAUUUUGGAUUAUUAGUGUGAAUUUUACCAAAAGUUGCGGGUUUUCUGGUUAGUAGCCACGAGGGGGCUCCCUUUGAUCGCCGGUCAGUCCACUUCGAGGCGAACAUAAACCUUGCUGGGUUUCUGGACCUUACGUUCCGCCUGGCAUUUAACAUUGGGAGAGAGGAGCUACGUACAAAUGCAAAAAGCACUUUUAUUAGUAAAUUCAUGUUAGAGAGUUUGGAGAAUCUGUUUGUGGAGACGUUCAUUCGUAAUAGGAACUGGCGAUUAGAGUGUAAGCAGUGGUUGAAUUUCGAACACAACCCAUGCAACCACGAAACAUUAAUUCCGUGCGUAUUCGCCUAAACUGUUUGUUCAAUUCGUCGUUUGUUUUCGAAUGUUAUAAUCGUAGCGCCAGCACGUAGUUUGUCCAAGUGGACUUGCCGUCCGAAUUCCAUUCCAGCGCUCCAGACACUUUUUGAGGGGUGCUAAACACUUUUUGACACGGGGCUAUAUUUCGUAUCUCUUCCUGUAUUCGUACUGGACAGACUAAGCCCAAGACGCAGUCCGAGCUGUACUGUUGUAAAACAUCGCUACGUGUUUUCGUUAUGAACUCGUCCCGACAGACGUAGGACCUUCUCGAGUUAGCUUAGCUUCCUAGCUGCUAACUAGAGAGGCGCUUGUUAGCCACACAACGCUCAGCAAGGGAACGAGUCUGAGUAUGAAGUGUUGAUUAUCUUUUGAAAAUGUGUGCAACGCGCGUGAAAGUAGAACAGUCCGAGGAGGAACUCUCUGGAACAAAAAAGGCGGAGCGUCAACGGAUGGCCGCUGUUUUCAAGAGGCCUCAACAUAUAACACACGGAGAAGCAGGAGCCCGAGCACCCCCAAAUGAAAGAAGAGGAAUUGCAGCCCUCUCAAAUUAAAGGGACGAAGGAGCUGGAGCCGCACCACAUUAAAAACGCAGUAGGCUGAUAUCAUCACCUCUCCAUUGACCAUCAUAAAGAAUGAAGAUUAUGAUGAUCAAGAAGUUGAUGACGGCCAUUGUAGAGGAUCUCAAGCAGACGACCUCGUAGCACCAUCAGAUAGUGACGACACAACAUCACACUCUCCUGACACCAAUGAUGAUGAUGGACACUCCAAAGACAUCUGUGAAGAAUAUUUUGCUUCUGAGCAGCUGGAACAGGAACCCUUUCAAACGAAUGAGGAGGAAGAGCCAGAGCUCUGCUGCAU